UGUCUCGCCGAUAUCUACUGCAGCACGCGCUCGCCCUCCAACUUCACCUGCUUCCCUCAACCACACACACCCGCUACCACCACUUAUCUACCCACUCUCUCUCUCCUCAAAAUGUACGAAGCGAGGCUGCUCCAGGCGUCUCUUCUCAAGAAGAUCAUCGAGGCCGUGCGAGAGCUGGUGACCGAUGCGAACCUCGACUGUUCCGAGUCGGGCAUCUCGAUGCAGGCGAUGGACUCGAGCCACGUCUCUCUCUGCGCGCUGAUGAUCCGCAGCGACGGCUUCCAGCACUACCGGUGCGACCGGAGUCUCUCGCUCGGUCUCUCAACGGGCAGCAUCUCCAAGAUCCUCAAGUGUGCGGGGAACGACGACACCGUGACUCUGAAGGCGGAGGACACAGCAGACUCCCUCACCAUCGUGUUCGAGAGCGCAAACCAAGACCGCAUCUCGGACUUCGAGCUCAAGUUGAUGGACAUUGACAGCGAGCACCUGGGGAUCCCAAAGACAGAGUACAACUGCAUCAUCCAGAUGCCUUCGGCAGAGUUCGCGCGAAUCAUGAGGGACUUGCAAGUGAUCGGGGACACGUGCACCAUCGCGUGCGACAAGGACGGGGUUAACUUCUCCGUAUCGGGGGACAUGGGGAAGGGCAACAUCAUGGUCCGAAACAACACCUCGGUCGACAAGGAAGAGGACAAGGUGACGGUGACGAUGGAGGAGCCCGUCACUCUCAAGUUCGCGCUUCGGUACCUUGCGCUCUUCGCGAAAGCAACCCCGUUGGGCCCUACGGUGACCAUCUCUAUGACACCAGACAACCCGGUAGUUGUGGAGUACCCCAUCGAGACCUUCGGCUACGUACGGUACUACCUCGCACCCAAGAUCGACGAGGCUGACGAGUAGACCUAUGUAGACACAUCAGUUUGUUUUCACGUCUCUCCCGUGUGUUGUUUGUGUUGUUUUUGGACAGAAAGUUCGUGUCCAACAGCCGCGGUUCUCGUGCUAUCGACAUCAGCAGUAGGGCUGCUUGAUACGCAACACAGCGGCGUUGUUCAUUUUUGUAAAGUUACUUAAUUUCUGUUAGGCUAGACGAUGGGAGGGAAGGGUACAUAAAUAUUCGAGAUUUGGUUGUUUUUGUUGCAAAGGUUGGGUUUAGUCUUGUCUUGUUUUGCACGCGCAGUGUGAGCCAUGUUUAAACCAGUCCUCAGAGCAACUGUUUGUCACGGUGGAGGAGCGUUGUCGAAAAGGGCGUGUGUUCGAAGGGCCUAAGAGUUACAUGUCUUCGCGGAGAGGUGCGGCCGAAGGCUGAAGCCGAUGCUUGUACAUGCCCCGCUACACACACGAAACGGCAUAAAAAGAAAAAGUGA